GGUCCAAGAUGGAAGGUGAGUAAACGUCUCUUCACCUUCAUACGUGUUUGUGGAAUUCAACCAAAUUGACCUGUGUACUGCUGCUGUCGUGAAACAUCUUCAUGAUGACCUUUGACCUCCUCCUCUUCCAGUGCUGCGUCUGUAAACCAUGGGAGACUGGAACUUCCUUGGAGGAAUUUUGGAGGAGGUGCACAUCCAUUCCACCAUGGUGGGAAAGAUCUGGCUCACCAUCCUCUUCAUCUUCCGAAUGCUGGUGUUGGGCGUGGCGGCGGAGGACGUUUGGAACGACGAGCAGUCCGACUUCAUCUGCAACACAGAUCAGCCCGGCUGCAGGAACGUCUGCUACGACCACGCCUUCCCCAUCUCCCUCAUCAGGUACUGGGUGCUGCAGGUGAUCUUCGUGUCCUCGCCCUCUCUGGUCUACAUGGGCCACGCCAUCUACCAGCUGAGAGCGCUGGAGAAGGAGCGCCACUGCAAGAAGGUGGCGCUGCGUCGGGAGCUGGAGGCGGUGGAUUUGGAGCUGGUGGAGGUGAGGAGGAGGAUCGAGAAGGAGAUGAGGCAGGUGGAGCAGGGGAGGCUCAAUAAGGCCCCGUUGAGAGGGUCUCUGCUCUGCACCUACGUGGCCCACAUCGUGACCCGUUCCAUGCUGGAGGUCAGCUUCAUGAUGGGCCAGUACGUCCUCUACGGACCCCACCUGAGCCCGCUGUACAAAUGUGAGCAGGAGCCGUGUCCAAACGUGGUGGACUGCUUCGUGUCCCGGCCCACGGAGAAGUCCGUCUUCAUGAUGUUCAUGCUGGCCAUCGCCUGCAUCUCGCUCUUCCUCAGCCUCCUGGAGAUCAUGCACCUGACCUUCAAGAAGCUGAAGAAGGGCAUCCUGGACUACUACCCCCAUCUGAAGGAUGACCUGGACGAGUUUUAUGUGGACAAGUCGAAGAAGAACUCGGUCGUGCAUCAGGUUCACAAAGGAACCUCAGUGGGACACAAGACCACCAUCGCCACCGCUCCGAGUGGCUACACCUUUCUGGUGGAGAAGCAGGGAAACGGACCCAACUACCCUCCACUCCAUACCUCUGCUGGUCUGACGCCCACACAGGGGGGUGCAGGUCCAAAACCACAGGGCUGUAAGGACAGUAAGGAGGGGACAUCACGUCCCACAGAGAAAAACAGCUCCUCCAACAACACCAGCAGUGAAACCCGUUCUCCUCCCACCAACAAGCAGGAGGAGCAGGAGGAGCCGGAGGAGCCGGAGGAGCCGGAGGAGCGGACCUUCCCAAAUCACAAAGACCUGGAGUUUCCCACGCUGCCCGUGGCCGACAUCUUCUCCUGCUCCGCUCUCUCAGGGAUCGGCAGGAAGUCUCGGAGGGUGAGUGCUUUGUGGAACUGCUCCACCGUGGUGGAGGGAAACGGCACCGACAGCAGUGACUCCUGCCCGGGGCUGGGCAGCUGCGUGGCCCCCAGAACCAGUCUGUUCUCCAGGUCGGACAGCAGGAGGCCGACCAGAUCUCAGAGCCCGGAGUCUGCGGAGGAAAUGAGUUCAGCGUCUCGACACAGCCGGGACAGCAACAGCCCCGUCACCUCCUCUCCGAACCGCAAGGGAUCGGCAGUGAGCGUAGGCAGCAACAGACGAGCCCUCACUGAUCUGCAGAUAUGAAUUCAUUCAGACCUGGGGCGAUCUGAUUGGUCCUGCUGCGACGCUCCUCCUCCAGUAAUCUCCGACAUUUGUCACACAUCUGCGUGGUCUCCAAUACAGUAUGAACUUCACAGUUUUUCUGUCGCACUUUAAGUUCAAUAUACUGUAUGUGUUGCUAGACAGAAAGAGGGAAGAAAGUGUAGUCUGCUGGUCUGAUCGGUUCUGAAAUCUGUUGAUGGAGGUUUGUUCUCUGCUGGUUGAAAGUGUUCGUCUCUGGUUGAGGUUCUCUGAAGUGUUUCAGCUAAUGUUCCUACACCUCUUCUUCUUCUACUCGUUGUUUCUUUGAACCUGAACUUCACUCUUGGUCCUUCAUACCAGGUGUUAAUACCAGGUGUAAAAAGGAUGACUCAUUUUCA